AUGGGCCCUUCCAAUGUGUUCACUUCCAAAUUAUCAUGGUUUUUCACAAUCAACUGGCUGGCCGCAAGGGCAACGUGGAGUCUUGUCACAGAACGGCUUGGUCCUUCCCCUCGCUUUGGCCAUUCAGCUGCUUGGGGCAAGGCCCACGGCCGAAGCGGUUUGGUCGUAUAUGCUGGCAGCGGAGAGACGCUUCUCAAUGACUUGUGGGUCUUUGAUCCUUCAACGAGCACAUGGACAAAUCACAGCUACAAUGACUACAGUGAGUACAGUCUCUCUCAUCCUCCUCAAGUGCAUCGUCAUGCAAUGGUUUGGGAUCCACAGACCGAGGUGCUUUGGAUUUCUGGUGGUUUUGAUGGCAACAAUUUUCUGAAGGAAAUCUGGAAGUACAGCUCAGGCUCUACUGGCUCUGUCGGCUGGCUCCGUGUUGUGGAUAGUACAGUGCCAGGUCCCUGUGCUCGUAGUGAUCACAUUGCAAUUUGGGAUGCCACAUCUUCAGCCAUUUGGAUCCACGGUGGCUUCGAUGGCACAAUGCAACGUGACCUUUGGAAAUUUGAUACCCGAGAAGGUACUUGGAGCAGAAUGCCACAGACUGGCCGGCAGCCCUCUGCACGAGCGAAUCAUGUGGCAGCCUGGGAUGACACCCAUCUGGCUAUUUGGAUCCAUGCUGGACAUGGCGGAAGUGAAGGUUUGCACAGGGAUUUGUGGAGGUUCAGCACUAGCACCUCCACCUGGUAUUUGAUCUCCAACAGUGGUCCCUCUGCGAGAGCCUACCAUGUUUCUGCCUGGGAUCCACUGAAUCACAUUUUGUGGGUCCAUGGCGGAAAGGAUGUUGCCCCUCGGAGAGAUCUAUGGAGCUUCAACACUGUGAAUUACAAAUGGGACUUGAUCGAAGACCACAGUGGGCCUUCACGGCGCUUCGAUCAUGUGGCAGCUUGGGAUGUUCGGACUAUGUCACUCUGGAUUCAUGGUGGCUAUGAGGGUCGUGUCUUGCAGGAUUUGUGGAAGUAUGAUAUUCCAACCACCACAACUACAACCACUACAACUGGUGAGGAUCUCACUGCAUGCCUUGUCCUUCUUCCAAUAGCUACAGUUCUAACCGCUGCGCUGGUCGUUUUGGUGGCGUACUGGUGGCGAAAGCACUUCAAGCGUUGUUCUGCUACAAUCGUUCUACCUGUACCACCACCAUCAGAGACACACAUCACGGUGCUACCACCACCACCACCACCGCCAGAUGCACACAUCAUAACUGUACCUCCAACAGUACAUCCAGAGGCACACAUAACUGUGUCACCAUGUCCACCAAGUCCAACACCAGCUCCGUUACAAAAUGUCCCUUUGCUAACAAUUUGCAGAUUUCCGAAGAACACACAACGACUUCAACCGCCCGCAGAUCCUCCCGAAAAACCAGUGGCUUCAUGUGAUGCCCAGCUUGAACUUUGCGUCCCAGAUUUGACUGAGGCAAACCCCUCCCUUGCCGCCGACACUCCUGCACCACAAAUGGCAUGCCCACAGCCACUCUUUCUCCAUCCGGAACAUGCAUUGAUGCAUGCACCACUGCACGUCGUGCCUAAAGCUGUUGAGCAGCAACCGCGGGAGUCGAGAGAAGAGCGUCAAGGAAAGAGGCGAUGGCCAUGUAUACCUCGACUAACGCAGCCAGUUCCUGCCUUGCCAGAACCAGCAACACAUGAGUACUUACAUGAAUCAAACAGGAUGUCUUUCGGGAAGCCGUCACCACUGAAAGAUUGUGCUGUGGCUCAAAACAGGCCGCUGCGCGCUCCAGUGCCCUCAGUGCCUUCCAUCUCCAUCUCACAGGAAAGGUCGUGGUUGCCCCAUGUGGCAAUCGACGUCGACGUGACAAACCUGGUCAUUGACAAAAUUGAGAUUCCGUUGAAGAGACCUGUCCCAAAAUCCAGCAAUCCUCCAGCCUUGCAACCGCUACACGAUUUUUUCAAUCAUUUUCCCAGCCCAAAACCCCAACUCCCAAGACAAACAGAACUGGCAUCACUGGCAAUGCUGAAACAUGUUAAGCAGCAGGGAUCGUCGCGGUCGUCAAGGUCUCGGUCAAGGUCGAGGUCAUCGUCCGGAUUGAAGUCCACCCUGGGGGGACCAUGGUACACCAUAGGCUACACGGCACGCUCACCGAUAACUCCAGGUCCGGGGCAUUACGACCCAGACCAUCCAGGUGUUUUUGGGAGAAUCCCUGGUGUGCAUCCUGGCUUUCCGAAAAGCAAGAAGUCUCAUUGAGGAAAGAGGCACGUGUGCCAUUGCGCUGAACUUCAAGUCUCAAAGGUUGUAGGAUGUUGCAGCAAAGUCUUGCAAUUCAGAUGAUUCCACAAUUCUUACGAGGCGAGGAAGGCCAAAAGGGUCAUCCUCAGUUUCAUCUCAAAAAUAAGGUAUGAGGUCCUGUGGCCAAAGUUGCUGUGGAUUAAUUAAAUCCUCAACAGGAUAGAUGUCAUGAGGCUUCAAAACGUGUUUCAAGGCUUUCCAAGAAGGAGAGCUUUGUGCCAUCCAGAAAGGUCUGUC